CUUUAUGUGGUGGAGUGCGGAAUAUUAGUACGUGUUAUCGCUAACAAAAAUUAGGAUUUCUGUCCAGUGUAGGUUUUUUUGUUCAGCAAAAUGCCACUUGGAGAAAAACCAUUCUGUCUGACAUGUAAAACAACUAAUUCUGUCAUCUGGAGGCAAAGUUCUGAUGGAAAAAUCCAGUGCAACUCUUGCGGUCUGAAACACCCCGGAACAGGCGACGGCAGCGAGGACGGAAGGCAGCCGUCAACGGGCGCCACUUCGGGACAAAAUGGUGGCGGGGCAAGUGGAAGAUUGGGCAGAGAAGGAACCAGGAAAUCUGCCAGAACUGUGAAAAAAUUGCGCUACAAACAGAUUGUUAAUGCUGCCAAGUCACAGGCCACCAAGGGGAAAAAUAGGAGGAUCAUUUUUAAAAGACAUUCCAUGAAAGCUCCAGAAGCCAAUGCCACCGUUGUAACAAGUAACAGUGUGUUCCAUCAUGGUGUCUACUUGCAAGCAGGUGACAUUGUGUCAAUCUUAGAUGUUGAGGGCGGUAUUUACUAUGCACAGAUCCGAGGGUUUCUUCAAGAUCAGUAUGGUGACAAGAGUGCAGUGAUUACGUGGUUGCUCCCCACACAGGCGACUGACAAAAAACAUUUUGAUCCUGCUACAUACAUUUUGGGUCCAGAAGAAGAACUCCCUCGCUCCCUGGAAUAUCUGGAGUUUGUUUGCCAUGCCCCCAGCGAGUACUACCGGUCUAGAACCACGCCCCUUCCUGUAGACUCCCUCAGAGAGGAGAAGGGUUUUAUCUGGUCCAGUGUCAUGCCACAAAGACCCCCGUCUACAGCUGCCAUCUUUGGGGGGAAAAGUUGACCUGGAACUUUUUAGGCAAAUAUCUUUCGACGGGGCAUUGAAAGCACUUUUGAACUUACUUUAUAACAAGAGACCAAUUUCCAGGGAGAAACCGAAGGUUUAACUUCCUCCAAAGCACAUUUAUAAAUGGGAGACAGUUAUGCCCAAUUUAUUGACUACAUUUUUAUUGUAGGUUCACUAACAGUUCUUUUCAAAAAUAAACAAAAUCUUCACUUGUCCUGAACAACUUA